AUUGGAGUCCGGGUAUGAGAGAGAGAGAGAGAGAAGGGCGAAAGGAAAAGCGAAUGAGCUGAGAAGGGAUCUCGCUCGGUGAAAGAAAAUAUAUUUAAGGAUUUUGACCAAAAGGCUCUUGAAUCUCUCUUUUUCACAUGAUACUGCUUUAGGUUUCAUCUCUGCAAGUUGUGUUGUGCUUGAGCCACAGAUCUCUUCAAUCUGGAUUUGCAGGUAAAGAGCGCCUUCUGGUCCUGCCAUGGAGAUUUUAGCAGCUUAAGUUACAUUUACAUCUAGGUCUUGAGAGCCAUAUGUGCAUGGUGCUCGUAUAUAGUCCACCAGAAAUUCUAAGAACAGAGAUAUAUAGUGGUCUUUCUGGGACUGUGCUGGAAGAUGUCAUUCCGAAGCAUAGUUCGUGAUGUAAGGGAUAGUUUUGGGAGCUUAUCUAGGCGGAGUUUUGAUGUCAGGCUGACUGGCCACCACCGAGGAAAGUCUCAUGGAUCUUUUCAAGAUUUGCAUGAUCAGCCUCUAGUUAUUCAAAGCAGCCGCUGGGCAAGCCUGCCCCCAGAAUUGCUAUAUGAUGUUAUUAGAAGGCUAGAGGAGAGUGAGAGCACAUGGCCUGCUCGAAAGCAUGUUGUUGCAUGUGCUGCAGUUUGCCGAUCUUGGAGGAACAUGUGCAAGGAAAUUGUGAAGAGCCCAGAAUUCUGUGGAAAGCUUACUUUCCCUGUGUCCCUGAAGCAGCCUGGACCAAGAGACGGAAUGAUUCAGUGUUUUAUCAAAAGAGAUAAAUCUAAUUUAACAUACCAUCUAUUCCUUUGUCUCAGCCCUGCUUUGUUAGUUGAAAAUGGAAAAUUUCUUCUAUCUGCCAAAAGGACGAGAAGAACAACUUACACAGAGUAUGUUAUUUCCAUGGAUGCUGACAACAUCUCCAGAUCAAGUAGCACUUAUAUUGGAAAGCUGAGAUCAAAUUUUCUUGGUACAAAAUUCAUAAUAUAUGAUACACAGCCACCAUAUACUACUGCCCAGAUACCCCCUCCGGGGACCGGAAGGACAAGCCGAAGGUUCAAUUCCAAAAGGGUCUCACCUAAGGUCCCAUCUGGUACCUACAACAUAGCUCAGGUGACGUAUGAAUUAAAUGUGCUGGGGACACGAGGCCCAAGGAGAAUGCACUGUAUGAUGCAUUCAAUUCCAGUCUCUGCACUCGAUACAGACGGCACAGUUCCUGGCCAGCCAGAGCUGCUUCCUUGUGCCCUUGAGGAUUCAUUCCGUAGCAUUUCCUUCUCAAAGUCUCUAGACCACUCCAUUGAGUUCAGUAGUGCACGAUUUUCUGACAUUGGGGCAUCCUGUAGCAAUGAUGAAGAGGAUAACAAGAUGAGACCCUUGGUUCUGAAGAACAAACCUCCAAGAUGGCAUGAACAGCUUCAAUGCUGGUGCCUCAACUUCCGAGGACGGGUGACGGUUGCUUCUGUCAAAAACUUCCAGUUGAUCGCGGCCACCCAGCCAGCUGCUGGCGCACCCACACCAUCUCAGCCGGCCCCACCAGAUCAUGAUAAGAUAAUUCUGCAGUUUGGCAAAGUUGGGAAAGAUAUGUUCACCAUGGACUACCGAUACCCUCUAUCUGCUUUCCAGGCUUUCGCAAUAUGUUUGAGCAGCUUUGACACCAAACUGGCUUGUGAAUAGACCAAUCAAAUCAUGAAGCAAAGCCUCUGAUAAGAGAGAUGGUAUCCUUCCCUUUUCUUUUUCUUCUCUCUCUUUCAUUUAUUUUUUUCUUGCUAGUUGCUACCAUUGUGAUCAGAAUUGGCCAUUGUCAUCACUCUCAGUUGUAUUAUGACUCCAUUGGUCUAGUGCAAGCCCGAUGAUGU